AUGUGUUUACGUAUGCACUGCUCAGUGAACGCUCUUAACAUGGAGAAGGAAACCCACUUCCACAUCCUGUUGAGGAACCAGGUCAUCAUCAUCCACAAAGACUCUAACACCCCACUCUUCUCCUUCUGUCCCCUCUCUGAGGCAGAAGUAUCCAAACUUCUCCUCUCCAGCCAUCCUACAACAUGCCCACUAGAUCCUAUCCCCUCUCACCUUCUCCAAGCAAUCUCUCCUACACUCUUACCAGCACUUACACACAUCAUCAACACAUCUCUCCUCACAGGCACUUUCCCCACUGCAUUCAAGCAGGCUCGGAACAGUUCAUUGGAUGCUAACCAGUCAGGGUUCAGGAGCGGCCACUCAACUGAAACUGCACUACUGUCAGUCACUGAAGCCUUGCGGAUUGCAAAAGCUGAUUCCAGAUCAUCGGUACUCAUUUUGCUGAAUCUUUCUGCUGCUUUUGACACAGUCAAUCAUCAGAUCCUCCUGUCCACCCUCUCAUCACUGGGUAUCACAGGGACUCCUCUUCGCUGGUUUGAAUCCUAUCUCACAGAUGAUCCAACAGUAGCUGCACGGAUCUCAGGCUGCUUGGCGGACAUCUCGGAGUGGAUGAAAGAACAUCAUCUACAGCUCAACUUGGCAAAGACUGAGCUCCUUAUUUUCCCUGCCACUCCAACUCUACAACAUGAUUUUACCAUCAACUUAGGUACUUUAACAAUUACCCCAUCAAGUUCUGCCAGAAAUCUUGGUGUUAUUUUUGAUGACCAGCUGACUUUCAAAGACCACAUUGCUAAAACUGCUCGAUCUUGCAGGUUUGCCCUACACAACAUUAGAAAGAUCAGGCCCUUUCUAACUGAGCAGGCCACACAACUUCUUGUCCAGGCCCUGGUCAUCUCCAGGCUGGACUACUGCAAUGCUCUUCUAGCCGGUCUUCCCUCAUGCACAAUCAAACCUCUACAAAUGAUUCAGAAUGCAGCAGCACGACUGGUCUUCAACGAGCCCAAAAGGGCCCAUGUCACACCUCUCUUUAUCACCCUGCACUGGCUCCCAAUUGCAGCUCGCAUCAAAUUCAAGACACUGAUGCUUGCUUAUAGAACAACCACAGGCUCGGCGCCCGCCUACCUCCACUCAUUGCUACCAAUCUACACUCCCUCCAGAACUCUGAGAUCCGCCAGUGAGCGACGCCUCAUUGUACCAUCACAAAGAGGCACAAAGUCACUUUCCAGAACAUUCUCUUACACCGUUCCUGGCUGGUGGAAUGAUCUUCCCACCGCUAUCCGGAAUGCCAACUCCCUAACAACUUUCAAGCAACUGCUGAAAACCCAUCUCUUUCGACAC